ACCGACUCCAUCGGUGGGGUAGAGUACACGUGCUCAGCUCGUCCUCGGCCUGUCAUUGGUUGAAGUCUCGUCAAGUCCCGCCCCGCAUCCCUACGCCAUCACGGCAGUGACUGUGGAGCUCUGCGGGGAGGACGAAGCGCCGCACUGCUCCACUGAACCAGCCAGGACGGGGCGAGGCGGCAUCCAUCAUCGCUAUGGGAAUAACAGUCGCGUUUUUUCUGAGCCGAGCCCUCAUCCCGUACUACCUGAAGCCCGUCCACCUGGACUCGACACAGACUAUGAAACAGUGCAGUUGAGAGUGUCGCUGAGCCCAGAUCAGCCCCUCCGCCGCACUGAGGAGGAUGGUGAAGAUGAGAAACAUCUAGAGUUUCUUUCGGUGACAACUUGUCAAGGACAUUUCGCCAGACUUGUCUAGUCCCCCCCACCUCACCGUGAACAUGUCAGUCAUUUGUGUUUCCGCAGUGCUCUUAUGGACAGUGGUUGUGGACAUCUCCUGCCACGUCCUGACCACAGCCAACUCAGCUGACCCUCCUACCCUCUCUGCCCGCCAUUACCGGUACACAGACCCAGAAUCGGGCACCCAGCUGGUCUGCGACAAGUGCCCCGCAGGGACUUAUGUAUCGGUCCCCUGCUCCUCAACAGCUGUGAGAGAGUGCAGUCCCUGUCCGGAGGGGUCAUUCACACGAGGUGAAAACGGUGUCCAGCAGUGCCAUCAAUGUCUGGCUCCAUGUCCCGUAGGCCUGGUGGAAAAGGCUCCCUGCACUGCCACUCAGGACCGCGUCUGCUCCUGUCCUCCCAACAGCUUCUUGUCUGGGGCAGAAUGUAAGCCCCACUCCCUUUGCCCUCCAGGAACCAGGGUGAAAAAGCCGGGCAGCGACACUGAGGAUGUGGUUUGCAAGCCGUGCACGAGAGGGACUUUCUCAGAUCAGUGGUCCGGCAGUCUUAGGUGUCGGACUCACACAGACUGCAAAGCUUUAGGGCUGGUAGUUCUUAAAGCAGGAACGAGAGAGAGCAAUAAUGUGUGUGGACCUACUUCAACAGCUCUUUCACCGCCUUCGACCUCACCAGUGUCCACCACUCACCGUGAGCAGGGUCAAGCAACACCUUCCUCGUCAGCGCUUUAUGUCCACCGAGGUUCCUCUCGUCUAUCUGCAGCAAUGCAACUUAGGCCCAACCUGAAUGGGAAAGACAGCGCUGCAGAGAGAGUACACCUUCUGCAGUCCUCCUCUACUGAGCCACCCCAGCCUGAUCUUUUAAAGACCUUGCUGCCGCCAGUUCGCAGGUCACCAGUAGAGCUCAACCACCAGCUGGGCCAAGCUGUGCAAAACGCUAACAAAAGGACUAGUGCGGACGACGUGGAGGGCUCCAGAGGAAGCAUGGACAUCAUCAGGACAGCGGCGCAAGCGAGCAGAGACGGUGUCGGUGGUGUUUCCAGCUAUUAUAGACCCACUCGCCGGGGAUCCCCACGACCAAGUCCGCACAACCACUUUGACAUUAAUGAACACCUGCCCUGGAUGAUCGUCCUGCUGCUCCUUCUGGUGCUGGUUGUGAUCGUGGUGUGCAGUGUGACACGCAGCUCCCGGGUUCUGAAGAAAGGUCCGUCGCAGGAUCCCAGCAGUAUUAUGGAGAAGGCCAUUCAGAAGAAACCUCCUGUGCCAUCGACAUAUUUUAAAGAGAAGUGGCUGUACUACUCCAAAGGACAGGGAGUGGAUAUUCUCCAACUGGUGGCGACCAACGUGGGCACUCAGUGGAUUGAUGUCUACCAGUCGCUGGCCAGCGCCACGGAGCGGGAGGUGGCUGCGUUCUCGAAUGGCUACUCAUCAGAUCGUGAACGUGCUUAUGCUGCACUGCAGCACUGGACCAUCCGAGACCGAGACGCCAACCUUGCCAAGCUGAUCAACGCCCUGCACAGACUUCGACGCAUCGAUGUGGUGGAGAAGAUCCGCUGUGUCAUGGAGGACAACCCACAGUUUGACCUCAACCAGCUAAUGACAACAAGUAAUGGCAUCCAGAGCCCCAAUCCCAAGGCGCUGGGGUCUCCCAGUAGCCUCGGCGGUAGCAGCAGCAGCAGCAGCGGCGUGAGUGUCGGCAGCUGCCCUGGCAUGGAGCAGUCACCAGUGGACCGGACCAAAGGGUUUUUCCCUGACGAAUCGGAGCCGCUUCUCCGCUGUGACUCCACCUCCAGCAAAGACUCGGCCCUCAGCAGAACUGGAUCCUUCAUCACUAAAGAAAAGAAAGACACGGUGCUGCGACAAGUGCGCCUGGACCCAUGUGACCUGCAGCCCAUCUUCGACGACAUGUUGCACAUCCUGAACCCGGACGAGCUGCACGUCAUCGAGGAGAUGCCGACCGCCGAGGACAAGCUGGACCAGCUGUUUGAGAUCGCAGGGGUGAAGAGUCAGGAGGCCAGCCAGACGCUGCUGGACUCGGUCUACAGCCACCUCCCGGACCUGCUGUAGAGGCGGUGUCACUAUAGCCGCAAAGACCUGGACUGACUUCUCCCAACCUUGAAUUCUGUCAUGCGAGUUGGCAGUAUUACGCCACAUACUGACACAGGGUUAAAGGUCAAGGUGUUCUGAGACAUAUAUACAGUGUUAGUACAACCGCGUAGCAUUUUUUAACAGGGCGGUGUUCGGGUUGCCGAUGAGCAUUGCACUUUCUAGACUUGUUGGACGAGCAUCCUCCCUGCAUUUGUAGCGGCUGAAUGCUUGUCAACCACACGAGUCCGGAGGACACAUUAUACAAGGCUUUCCAUCCAUUGAAUGUGCCUGAACAUGUAUCAUACGCAACCGUCCUGCCCCGCCGCUGCCUAGAGAAGAACCCAUAACCAACGCUAACGCUAACUUGUGUUAAUGCUGCUGUCCAGCAGGUGGCGCUAGCUGCUGCGGAACCAAAGCCAUUUUUACAAACUGAGAUGAAAGAAGAAGAAACAAACACACUAUUGGUUUGGAAAAACAGGCGCUCACAUUCUAGCUCUGCCGCCUCAUGAUGCCUUGAAGAAAUGUCUGACAUUUUGGAGCUCAUGUGUUUCCGGAUCGGUGGAGCUACAGCAUUUUGACAGACAAAAAUGUUAUCGCGAUGCUCUACGUAGCUUAUUUUUAAUGUCUGUUUUUGUUUCUUGAAGGCUUAGAUUCAUUACACGCAACUUUUUUUUUCUCCACUUUUCUUUGAAACGGGCAUUCAAUGAUGUAUUUCCCUGGCGUGAGCUGGGUUUUUGGGGAUAUGCAUACUCCAUACUUGAAUCUGUGUGUUGAACUUUGAGAGAGAGGAUCUACGUUGUUCACGAAGCGGCACCAAAAAGUUCGACUGGUGACGUCACUCGAAGACUCUCAUCAUCGGUGCUAACUCUCACCAGUUGGCCUCACGCCGGAACUCAACCCUGACGUGUUUUAUUCCAGACCAAGUGACCACGCUUGAAGGUUUGCUGCUGUGAGCCAUGCCAGGCUGAGAGUGCAGGGUGUGGACUGUAGUUUGAGAGAGGAUGACGGAUCCGUGUGAGUGUCCUUACUGUACGUGUGUACCUUCUUUAUUACUCUGUAACCUCUUCAAUAAUAAAGAGUUCAAUAUUUGUCUUCUU